AUAGAGUGGGAGGUUCCUAGUAAUUAUUAGUAAUAGAAGAUUAAAAAAAAAUAUAUGUUCAUACAGAUACGGGAUAUGUUUCUGUUAUCAUAAGUAUAUUAGAUUCGCAGUGAAAGUCACUAAAAAAAAUUAAAGUUUCAACAGUGCGUGGUGUAACACAAAAAAACCAAAAUGUUCAGUUGGCUAUCAAAGGAUAAUGGCAAGGAAGAAAUUUACCAAAGUGUUGUCGAAGGACUCAAGACAAUUUAUAAACACAAGCUACUGCCCCUUGAAGAGCAUUAUCAAUUCCACGACUUUCACUCUCCGAAAUUGGAGGACUCCGAUUUCGAUGCCAAGCCCAUGAUAUUGCUGGUAGGACAAUAUUCGACAGGGAAAACCACAUUCAUCAAAUAUUUGCUCGAAAGGGAUUUUCCGGGAAUUCGAAUCGGUCCGGAACCAACCACCGAUCGAUUCAUAGCUGUUAUGUGUGACGAUAAAGAAGGUAUGAUACCGGGCAACGCUCUUGUGGUCGAUCCUAAGAGGCAAUUCAGGCCUCUGUCCAAGUUUGGCAAUGCUUUCUUAAACCGUCUUCAAUGUUCGUUGGUGAACUCGCCAGUUUUACAAAACAUUUCGAUUAUAGACACGCCUGGAAUAUUGUCGGGCGAGAAACAGAGAGUCGAUAGGGGCUACGAUUUCACCGGCGUGCUAGAAUGGUUCGCUGAAAGAGUCGAUAGAAUCAUACUGCUCUUUGACGCCCAUAAACUUGAUAUUUCCGAUGAAUUUAGGCGGUCCAUCGAGGCUUUAAGGGGCCACGAUGAUAAAAUACGCAUUGUUUUAAACAAAGCCGAUAUGGUCGAUCACCAACAACUUAUGAGAGUAUAUGGUGCUUUAAUGUGGUCGUUAGGGAAAGUUUUGCAAACACCAGAAGUAGCCAGAGUCUACAUUGGCUCGUUUUGGGAUCAACCGUUGCGAUACGAUGUAAAUAGAAGACUAUUCGAAGACGAAGAACAAGAUCUAUUCAAAGAUUUACAGUCCCUACCGAGAAAUGCUGCCCUUAGAAAACUAAACGAUUUAAUAAAGAGAGCCAGGUUGGCUAAAGUGCACGCCUACAUAAUAGCCGAGCUAAGGAAAGAGAUGCCUUCCAUUUUCGGCAAAGACACGAGGAAGAAAGAGCUUAUUAAAAAUUUAGGCCAGAUUUACGACAGAUUGCAAAGGGAACACCAAAUAUCGCCCGGAGACUUUCCCGAAAUCAAAAAGAUGCAGGACGUCCUCGCCAAUUUGGACUUCAGCAAAUUCAAUCCGCUCAAGCCGAAGCUUCUGGACAUCGUCGACAGGAUGCUGGCCGAUGACAUAUCCACUUUGAUGGCGAAAAUUCCGAUGGAGGCCGAGCAAAAGGAAAAAUCGCAGAAGAACGGCGACAAUUCAGUACAAGGGGGAGCGUUCACGAACGUCGAGGACACGAUUUCGCCGUUCGGUUACAAGAGAGGCGAAGGCAUCGAUGCCGGAGCAGGAGAAUUAGACUGGAUCGUUAGCCGGGAAAAGCCCAAGUACGAUGAAAUAUUCAACACAUUGAGUCCUAAGGAAGGAAAAGUUACCGGAAUGGCUGCGAAAGGGGAAAUGGUGAAAUCGAAGCUGCCCAAUUCCGUUCUGAGCAAGGUGUGGAAGCUCGCGGACGUCGACAAGGACGGCAUGUUGGACGAUGAGGAAUUCGCCUUGGCAAUGCACUUGAUUAACAUUAAGAUCGACGGCAACGACUUGCCCUCCGAGUUACCAGCGCAUCUGAUUCCGCCCUCUAAACGUUGAUUGUAGCCUUUCCACGGUAAGUAUCCUCAAGUGCUGUUCAUUUUUCGUACAUUCGGUGCCUCGUUAUAUGCAAAUGAAACGUACAAAUGUCGGUUUUUUUACUGCUUUUAUCUGCCAGUCCAUUUUACAUAUUACUCUCGUGCUAGUCUUUUUUGAGUUUCAAUGGGGACGUUCAGUAUUUUUGUCGAUGGGGAAAAGCUGGCCUGAUUCGAGUACUGUACUGUCCAAGUAAAUAUAUAUUUUUUAUAAUUGAAUUUAUUUAUUGAAUAGAAAUCGAAGGCGUCGGAAUAUUUGAAAUUUUAUUGAUGUGAAAUCGUAAAUUCCAGUGAAAGAGGCUUCAUUGAUUGUUGCAAAUAUUUCAUUUAUUGCCCGAUAAAGUUCCAUUAAGAGCAAAGAGCUUACUCUUAUCAGGUGGCUCGGAUGUAUUUAAAUUUUUAAAUGGAUUUUCAAGUUUAAGAUGUUUUAAUUUAUUUCUGCAAUCUAGAUUGUGUACGUUAUAAUUUAAAACAAUUUUUCGAUUUUACUUAUUUUUUAUUAUAAAUUAAUAGCUUGGAACUUUGUAAAUGUUCUCUUUUUUGAUUUUUGAAGUAAAUUUAUUGUGUUCAUAAGAUUUUUGCUGAAUGAGUUAUCGAUUACUAAAUAAAAGACUAGGAUGAUAUUAAAUGCGAACAAAACAUGGUAAAUACGUCGAUAACAAAUUCACUUACAUGUGUAACAUGGACAGCUUUUUGUAUGACAAAAAUGAAUAAAUUAAGUAGAAUAAUUAUUUUCGUUAUUAUGAAAAUGUGUUACUUAAAAUUGCUUCCGUAUGUAGGUGCCUUCUUUUAGAUUUCUUUUUAAGCCGCAUAUUCAUUUAGAUAGGAUUAUGUUAUUGAUGUUUAGUUUAUUUAUGUUAUAAUAUUAGUCUAAGAGAAGAAUUUAUUUUUUAAAAUCAUGUAGGAUAUUUUUGAAUUCCUAUUUAUUGUAAAACGCUAUCAAACUGAUUUUUUAAAAUACAGGGUAUUUUAUGAGAUUUUUAUUUAUACAUCACUUUCUUUUAAAUAUUCUACAUGGUUAUUGGUAUUUAUGCAUACUUUUAGGUUGAAAUUAGUAUUUGUAUUUUAUUUCUCGCAAACACUGGGUUAAAAUUAUGCAGGGUGUUUUUUUGUAUUUUAGUCUAAUUAAAAAAAUCGUUUUGUUUAAAAUAAUAACACGAUAUAAAAACGUAAAUUCUAAAACAAUUCUAAAUGUUGCACAAUUGCAUAUAUUUUGAAACUUAUGAUCAAUGUAGUCCAUUUGCAAUUAUCAUACCACAUAUAUUUUUGCAAUAAAAAAAUAGGCAAUUUCGAUUUCCAUGCCAAAUUACCAAAGAACCAAAAAAAAUAUUUACACAUUUAUUUUGGUAAUUCGGCGACUGAAAACAUUAUUCAUAUAAUUUAUUAUUAAUCUUGCUGAUACCUAUUUAAUACGAACAAUGUGAUAAAAUUUCGUACUGUGUAUAUUUGUAUUAUAACAUUGUAGAUAAAAAUUAACUUUCCAUUUUUGAUGUUAACACUUUUUUUUUCCUUCGACGGCCGAAUAAAUUCAAAUCACAUAGUUGGAUGUAUAUUAUAUAUUUUUGUAUAUAUUAUUUCGAUCCGACUGUUCUAGUUUAAGCACUUGUAGGAAGUAUAAUAUUUGAUUUCAUUCUUUAAUUUGUGCAUUAUUUAAAUAAAUUUAUGUACUAUG